GAAAACGAGAUGACCAUAACAAUUCAUGCGACCGAUCGAAAAGAAGACCGCCUUCCUACCGAGACCGUUACAAUCACCGGCAAUGGUUUCAUCAAGAGAACGGGUGGCAGCAGUGAUGUCUUGUACAAGUUCGAGAACCCAAACGAGUAUCAUGAGGGCAUAACAGUUAGAGACAACACGCAACGAUGCGCCGACGUAUGUGGCAAUGGGCUGGUGAUGCCCGGCAUUGAGGAGUGUGAUGAUGUCGGGACACCUACCAGCACUGCGACACCAGCAAGCGGCGAUGGCUGCAGUGCGUCAUGCACGAUUGAAGAGGGAUGGGAGUGUAACAAUCAGAAAACAUAUGGUUACGAAGGAGAAGGGCCUUCUGUCUGUACAGGUUGGUGGAGACAAGAAGGCAGAGACAGAAUGUUUUCUUACUCGUACGCAUUGUUGCGUGAUUUUUGCAGCUCGGCCGAUGAUCCCCACCCUCAGUACUGAAACCCUCAGCAUUCGCAUAUUGCCUUUCGCAGUGAGCAUCGCGCUCUCCGAGCCAGCCAAGUCCGGAUCCUUUGAGGCCGCCGACAUCAUCCUUUCUGGUGCUGCUGAGGCAUCCAUUACUUCUCUGCAAACCGUCUCCAACCAGCGCUUCACAGCCAAUGUGCAGCCUACAAGCGGUGGCACUCUGAGCAUUCAGCUGACCGCUGGCAAAGUGGAGAUGCACAAUGCGGCGGGCUACUUCAACCAAGAUUCCAACGUUUUGACCGUCACCAUCGGUGAGUACGUGGACAGGCAAUACACUGAAUACGUACUGUUGUGACCUUUCAGAUGCAUUCAGACCGACACCCGUCUUGGCCGCAACGACAGCUUCUCCUGAUGGCAUUGUGAAGAGCGAGUCCCCCUUUAGUGUGACAGUGACAUUCGAUGAGCCAAUACGGGCUUCGACACUGAUUUUGAGUGACUUUGCCACUACAAACGCUUCUGUUGUCAGCGUCAGCGAGCUGGGGGCUUCUGGCGACACUUUCAGUAUUGGUGUAGCGCCAGAUGCAGACGGCGGGAUAAACGUGCAGCUUCCGGAAGCCAUGACUGAGGACCUUGUAGGCAAUCCGAAUAUGGCUUCAAACAUCUUAACAGUCAUUUACGGUGAACAGAGAAACACUACCUCCUUUCAGAGAAACACUACCUCCUUUUCUUCUCUAUGUAUGUCUGUGCUUCAUUUCUAGAGACGCCGCCAACAACAAUACCGCCAACGCAAGGCGCCGGACCGCCGGGUUCGUCUUGCUAUCGGCUGGCAUCAGACUGUUUUUGUAUGUGUCCUCAGACUCCGGUGGAGGUGAUGGGCCACCAGACGGCGGGAAUGGUGGCCCUGGUAGUGGUGACUCUGGUAACGGUGACCCUGGUAAUGGUGGCCCUGGUAAUGGCGGCCCUGGUGACUGUUAUUGCCCUAAUUGCCCUGAUCCUCCUCCUUGCGUCUGCGAAGACGCUUUGGAUAACAUGUUUCCUCCCUCGCAAGAGGCAGACAUUUCGUCUGGAGGAGCCGAGGGCGAUCCGGCGGAAGGCUGCAGUACGAGACUUGGCACCGGUGGUCAGCAUGGGUUGCAGGAGUUCAUGGGCAUGAAUUUUCUUUCUGUGUGUAAGUCUCGCAUAUGAAUUCGGAGUGUGUUUCUCAUGCAUGCAGGCUUCCGUAUUACGCAUGCAAGGACUCACAGCACAUGAAGACCAUCAGUCUAUCCGAGACCACUUUUGUCACCGUCCUCGAGGGCUCGACCAAUGACGAUACGCUCAGAGGCAACUCGAAAGACAACACUCUGAUCGGAGGAGACGGCGACGACAGCCUGGCUGGGCGCGGAGGGCGUGACCAACUGAUUGGUGGCCGAGGAUCUGACACAUUCGUCAUCACGGAUGAGCCGUGCGACGUAACGAUCCUUGACUUCGAGACCGGCGCAUCCCACGACCAGCUGAACCUCCGCAUCUUUCCUUCCAUCACAAGUAUGGAGGCCCUCGAGCAGCGGAUGACGAGCGGCAGCGUGAUCAUCGACAUCGAUGACAUGCACAGGGUGACGAUAGCGAACCUCAUUCAAGAAGAGGUCUUCGAUCCCAGAUACUUUCUCCUCAGCGAGGGAGCGGACGAGGCAAGAGACAAAGGCGACGACGAGUGCGGCUGGUUCGCCUACAGCCGGCCCGAGUGCGUUGACACCAUUCUGUCCAUCGUGCUUGGAAUCGUCGGUGUUGCCGGCCUAGGGGUUGGCGUGUGGCAAUUCGCACACAACUUCUUGAAGCGCGGCCAGAAGCCGACAGAAGAGAAGCCGACCGAGAACGAAGAGGGGAUGGAUCACCGAAAGCGAUCCAUAUCCGACACUCGAGACAGCCGCAAAAAAAGCUACCUCCAGAGCAAAUCCGAGCGGCGAGUGUCGGGUAGCAAUCAGGAGGAAAAGCAAUCAGGCGAUGAGGUCGCUGCUGUCAAUCGCGUCUGAGCUUUGCUUUUGCAAAGUCCGAAUAUUGGAUCUUUCUUUUCUGUCUUAUUUAUGCAGUCGGUCAUCAGACGAUUUUUUUAAUGCAUGUCGGUCAUCAGACAGGUUUUUGCAUUUCUCAUGUGUCAAGUCUGCUGCAAAAACCUGUCACUAUAUUGCUAAUCGAUCGA